AUGUCAAAAUUCGGUGUUCUGGUGAUGGGUCCGGCCGGCGCUGGCAAGACCACCUUCAGCAACGCCUUGAUUCAACACCUUCAAAGUACGCGCCGCAGCUGCUUCUACGUCAAUCUAGAUCCCGCCGCCGAGAACUUUGCCUAUCAACCCGACCUGGAUAUUCGCGAAUUGAUCACUCUUGAGGAUGUCAUGGAGGAACUGGGGCUAGGCCCCAACGGUGGUCUCAUCUACUGCUUCGAGUUCCUGCUGCAGAACUUGGAAUUCUUGAAUGAAGCGCUGGACCCACUGAGUGAAGAGUACCUGAUCAUCUUUGAUAUGCCCGGCCAGAUCGAGCUCUACACUCAUAUAUCCCCCUCCUCCCGGCCCUUGAAUAUCAAUCUCUGUGCCGCCUAUCUCCUCGAGAGCACCUUUGUCGUGGACAAAGCCAAGUUCUUCGCUGGGACCCUCAGCGCCAUGUCCGCUAUGCUGAUGCUCGAAAUUCCCCAUGUGAACAUCUUGAGCAAGAUGGACCAGGUGAAGGAUAUGGUCACACGUCGAGAAUUGAGGCGAUUUGCCAAUGUGGAUGUGCAACUCCUGCAAAAGGACGAAGAGGAUGCGGCUGCGGUUGCCAACCCGAUGGCCAAGGAUGCGCUGAUGAGCGGUGGCUCGUUCAACCAACUCAACCGGGCAGUCGCACAGCUAAUUGAUGACUUCAGUAUGGUCUCUUUCUUGCAAUUGGAUGCGUCGGACGAGGACAGUGUGGCGGGCAUCUUGAGUCACAUUGACGAUGCGAUCCAGUACCACGAGGCGCAAGAGCCGAGGGAACCCAAGGAUGAACAAGAAGUGAAUUACGAAGACUGA